GCGCAGACGGGCCCCGGGCCGGCGCGGAGGCGGAGCUGACCUCGCUCGCCUCUCCUUUCCCUGAAGAGCCGGUGGUGGCAGCGGCGUCGGCUGCGAGGCGGGCGAUGGCGGCGGGGCUCCCCCGAGCCGGCGCGCCGGCUGUGAGCGCCUGAGGAAGGGCGAGCCCGGCGAGCGAGGGAGCGCUAGGCCGCGCAGAGCCCCCCCCGGCUCCCCCCUCGGAGAGCGGCGCCUUUGGGGAGGGGGCUCGCGGGCCCCUCCCCCACUCUGGCGGGGGGGCGGCGCGGGCAGGGGCGCCCCCCGGGCCCGGGCCGCGGAGGAGGGGGCUGCCUGCCGGAGGAGGCGGCGGAGGAGGGGGCGCGCCCCCCCCGCCCGUCCUCGGCGGGGCGGCCCAGCCAUGUUCUCGGUGCUCUCCUACGGGCGGCUGGUGGCCCGCGCCGUCCUGGGCGGCCUCUCGCAGACCGACUCCCGCGACUACAGCCUGGUGACGGCCAGCUGCGGCUUCGGCAAGGACUUCCGCAAGGGCAUCCUGAAGAAGGGCAUGUGCUACGGCGACGACGCCUGCUUCGUGGCCCGGCACCGCACGGCCGAUGUGCUGGGGGUGGCCGACGGCGUCGGAGGCUGGCGAGACUACGGCGUUGACCCGUCUCAGUUCUCAGGGACUCUGAUGCGCACUUGUGAACGUUUGGUAAAGGAAGGACGGUUCGUGCCCAGCCACCCUGUGGGGAUCCUCACCACAAGCUACUGUGAGCUGCUGCAGCACAAAGCCCCUCUGCUCGGGAGCAGCACAGCCUGCAUCGUGGUCCUGGAUCGGAGCACUCGGCGUCUGCACACCGCCAACCUGGGCGACUCGGGCUUCCUGGUGGUCCGGGGGGGCCGCGUGGUGCACCGCUCUGACGAGCAGCAGCACUACUUCAAUACUCCGUUCCAGCUCUCGAUAGCACCGCCCGAAGCCGAGGGGGUCGUCUUCAGCGACAGCCCGGAUGCUGCCGACAGCAGCACCUUCGAUGUUCAGCUGGGGGACAUCAUCCUGACGGCCACAGACGGACUCUUCGACAACAUGCCGGACUACAUGAUCCUCCAGGAACUGAAAAAACUAAAGAACUCAAAUUACGAAAGCAUCCAGCAGACGGCAAGCAGUAUUGCUGAACAAGCCCACGAGCUGGCCUACGAUCCAAAUUACAUGUCUCCCUUUGCACAGUUCGCGUGCGACAAUGGACUGAAUGUAAGAGGUGGGAAACCCGAUGACAUCACUGUUCUUCUCUCUAUAGUAGCUGAAUACACAGACUGACCGGCUGUAAUGCUCAGCUUUUAAAGACUGGUGUGUCUCCCACUGUACUCAGCUUCACAUGGACUAUUUUCCUGCGGGCAGGAAUUUCUCUCUCUCUCUCUCUUUCUCUCUCUCUGUGCAUCUGACCUCAGUGGCUAAUCACACCUUACGUCCAUUGCCUGUUUUAAGAUGCAGUCAAAACCCCUGGCCCCAAACCUCAGCUGGAGGACACCUGGGGAUACCUCCAAGCAAGAAAUGAAGAAUUUUUCAAUACUUGAAGCCUGUCUUUCAAAAUUGACUCGUAGUUAUUGCAUAGAAAGCAGGGUGGAGAGGGGACUGGAGAGGGAAUAAUCUUACUUACAGCUCUGAAGAAAAGGUGAGCAAACAAGAACGCCAGAUCGGCUCUGCAUAGUUUAAUUGGGGGGGGGAGGGGUUGUUUCAAAUCAGCAAAGACAACCUCUGCGAGGUCCUGAGAGGGCAUGGCUAGAAAAAGGCCAAUUCUCACUGGUGGAAGGUCAGUACAUCCUGCCCUUGGCUUAACGUGUUGGGAAGCUUGUGUUUGUAGCUGAAGUCUCUGUAGGCUUUCCAAGUGCAGUGAGCCUUUUGGUCUCUCUCUAUACAUUUCCACCUGGGCAACUUGGAAGAUGUGCCAGCUGUGGCGUCCUGGGAGUUGAAGUCCGCACAACUUCCAAGUUGCUCUGGUUGAAAAAUAUCGGUCUGUAUGGUAUUAGCCAGGAGCUUUGUUACUCAAUUUGAAACACACAACCCGUCGUGAAUUGUGGUAUGCACGUGUGCGAGAGUGUUUGUGAAGGUGCUAAACUGUUAUAGCAGUGGGAAUGUUGGCCUGCGGGGGCCCUUUCGUAGCUGGGUUUUUCUCCCAGGUCGUUGCAGAGAAGCCUAAAGAUGAAAGAGGGAGAUGGAGGAGCGAUGCUGAGUGGGCUUCCGGCAGCCGUCAUGCUGCAUAAGUGGGCAGCGCUUGGUGGUGGUGAGUUUGCGUACAGGAUUCCCCAAGAAAACAAAUGUUUACGGGCUCUUAACUGCUAAUUGGCAAUAUCGCAGAUUUUAUUUUUUGGCAGUGACAAAACACUGCAGUCCAAUUUCUCAGUAGCUAUAAUUUCCCCUGCCCCAUUUUUCUAAGCUUGUGUAAAAAUAUAUAUAUAUAUAUAAAUAGCUGUUUUUAUUUAUACAUAACGCCUAAGAAGUAUGUAUAAAAAUCUCGGUCAGUUUUUCAUAAUUUUUUCUUUUUGUGUUUGCAGUAGGAAAAACAAAAGUCCUUUGCAACGAAAAGCCAUGUUUUAUAGAGCAAGUUGGGUCACGUUGAUGUUUAGUUGAUAAUCUUGGCGAGUAAAAGCAACAGUCCCUUUUUUAAAAAAACAAACAAACUCACAAAAAGGGUUUUUUUUUUUUACUGCCAGGUUACCUCAGCCUGUUUUAAAUAUUAUUUUUGGUGGUUGUACUGUAUAUUUGCAUAAUUGUGUCCGGCUUUUAUUUAUAAUGAACAUGUACCGUGUACAUGUGGCUGUUUCAAUGCAUCCUGCUUUUAACAGGCAUUUCAUUUGCGACGAUCACGGGCAAAACAAUUUCAUUUUUAGAAGCUGUUCCAACCAAUUUUUCCAGUGUUUUUUUUAAAUCACCUGUUUGUUUGUUUUUUGUCCAGAUGCCUUAACAACGUAGCUUGAUAAAACGGAUCGGUUUGGGGGGGUACGGAUACAGGGUGGCAUACAGUGAAAUGACGAAAAUCGUAUAAUAUGAAAACACGGCCCAUUGUAACGUUGUACAAACCAUUUCAACCCCUCCUGUUCCUGAUGCUGAACCAGCUGGACCUAAGUAUCUUCUGCUAGAAAUUGUAUAUUAAUGUGUCUUUAUGCAACCUCUUUCUUGCUUCGUCGGAGGAGUAGGUAGCUCUUAAUGGGGAGUUUGUGUUUUGCAGGUGCCAUCUCUUAUUUCGAGCAAACCCCGAGGAGCUACCAACUCUCUCACCAUUUUUUCCAUUGUCCUGGGUCUCUAGCGAUCUUGAAGCAGGCGUUAUUGUUGCUGCCCUCUCUUCAGCCUUUCUGUAACUGUUGGCUAACUAUAGAGGGGAAGAUGAUUUAAACACUGUUUGUCAACCUCGGCAGCUUUAAGAUGGGUGGACUUCAACUCCCAGAAUUCUAUGCUGGCUGGGGAAUUCUGGGAGUUGUCCACUCAUCUUAAAGCUGCGGAGGUGGAGAAAUGCUGCUUUCGAAGUAGCCGUGAAUUCCUAAGCCUUGGUGGGCUAUUCUUGGUUUUGUUUCAUUUAAAGCAAUUUCUACUCUUAGCCGUAUCUGCCAAGCCAUUUGUUCCUUAGGACUAUUUUUUUUUAGCCAUGGUCAAAUUGAACUUUUAAACUUGCAUUUUCCCCUUCCUCCCCUCCCCUCUGGGACACCAAAGACUCCCGUCCAGUUUGUAGCUUUUGGCCAUCUGUUUUUCAAAAGCAAUACUGUAUGAUAAACAAAUUCUGUUGCAUGCUUCAGAUCUCUCCCUCCCCCCUUUUAAGGUGAGCCUUCAAACCCAAAAGGCUCCGGUUUCUUCCUGGGAACUUAAAGCUGUCUGCGCACAAGAAUUUUAUUUUUUUACAAAUAAAAAAUAAAAAAAAAAAAUUAAAAAGGAAAAGGCGAGUCUCCUGCCCUUGGCAGCAACGACCUUCCCGCUGGCCCCCCAAGCCGUGGGUGCGUUUUCUCGGGGCGCCCUCCGGGGUUAGGAUUUGGCCACAUUCCAUUUUCCCUUCUCUUCAGUCGGGGGAUACCUGGACGGACGGAGGAGACCUAGACCCCCAACCUGCUUUGGGGGAAGGGGCACGUGUGAGAACCUCCCCAAUUCAUUGGAGCAGCUUCAGGGCCCACCUUUGCGUUUUCAGGUGUGAAGAGGGAGGAGGGGGCUCUGCUGCUCCUUAAUGAGAAGGGGGCGCUCGUCUUGGGCUCCGUUUUCUUUGCUCAGGGUGGGGGGAUGAAAGAUCGCCAGCGGGAUCCAAAGCGACCUGGAAGGCAGCAAACUGACUUCUCGAGGGUGGGGUGGGCAAAGACCAGGUUUUCCCAGCGCCCCCCCCUUCUCUUUUGCACCUCUGCCCUCAAAAUCUGCUGCAUUGCAGAGGUGAGACUGCCCCCCCCCCAAAGCUGGGAGUGGGAGCCUGGACAUCGUUGCCCACCUCUUCCUUGAAGCGGGGGGGGGGGCUUGGCAGCUUCCUAGUGCCCCCCCCCUUCUGCAGAAGGUUCCCUUCUGCUUUCUUAGGAGCCCCUCCGUAUCCUGCUUGAUUCCCCAUCCGAAUAGGGGAAAAAAAAAAAAAGCAACUGGGAGAGAAGGACAUCGCGAUUUAAAAACCGUCCACAGUGGAAGCAAAGAGAAUAAAUUACGGGAAUGUUCUUUCCCGCGGAAAACCGGACUCAAUCCAGACCUGGGGUUUUUUUGGGGGGGGGGGUUGCAUUUUUAUUUUGUUUUAUUUUUCCUUCUCCUGAGACAAGGAUAGCUUAUCUAAUGAGGAUGCCGUUUUCUUGUUAAAUGAGACUAUCGUGACCUGUAACUUGCCUAAAAAAAAGGAAAUUUAAAUUAUGUGAAUUGAAUGUCUGGAGUAUAAUUUGUGCAAGAAUAGGAUCUGUAAAUACAUUUAAAUGAAUUGUAAAGAUAUUUAAUAAAUAUAGUAUUUAUACAA